UAAAGCCUGUGUCACCACUGCCUGGCAAUAUAUAAAGCAUGUUUUCAAUCUCAAUUGGCAGAUGUGUUCAGGUGAUUUUCAUUGGUCAAUAAAAUGAGAAUGAAUCUGAUUCUCUAAAUACAGGAGGCCAUUAUGUGUUCAUCUUACAAGGAGCUGUUAUUUUCUAUGAUCUGGUUCCAAAAUGAUAAAUGUGGCAAAAGUUGAACAGAAUUAUUGUUACCCAUGGUCAGACUCUUAGGAUAUAUACAAAUGAGAAAUAUUUGUUGUUGUAAGUUAUUUGAAUAUUGUGCAUGGCUUCUUCUAGUGUAUAUGAGAUAUGAUAACUUUAGAAAUAUAUUUUGCUGGGAGAGUAAAACCUCUGAGUAUCUGUGACUGGAAUAAAGUGGUAUGUAGGAAUAUUUAUCACCAUGGAAAUACUCAAUAGGUUUAAUAAUUACACAGGACUGUAUAUACUCUGUCAUAUCUGGUUUCCUUUCUUGAAGUAUUCAGGAAGUUACUUAAUGAAGAAUGGUGUGGGAAGGGGAAGGUCUGUGGAAGGAUCAGGUGUGGGGCAGCAAUGGUCUCUUUGAGGGUGUGAAAAUUCAAGCUGGGUGACCGUGCAGAGCACUGUCUUGACUGGAGCCCAAGUAUUGAGAGGAAUGCCAGCAUGCUGGAGAGAAUGUGUCUGGAUUCAGAAGUGAGUCUAUAAGCAGCAGCCUGGUGUGAGACGUCAGAGCCUGAGAGUUGUCCCAACAGUUCAGUGAACCCACGAAGCUCCUGCUGAGCAGGGCAGGGAGCCAGACAAGAGAGGCACCAGGAGAGAGACAGCUUCCUCCCACAGCUGCUACCCAGAGCUCUUUCAGGAUGUGGCCCGUGGCACGAUGUUGCGACUCUGCGUGUGUGGCCCAAGUGAUUCUGUGUUGGGGUUUCUUAUCCUCACGUGAUCUAUCCCAGCGGGAAAUCCCUCUUCUCUUAUACAAUUGUGUAAUAUGACAACUUAUCACCGUGUUCGGUUCUCACAUACCACGAGUUUUUGGGAGGAGACGAGGUGCGUUACCUGAGGGAGGCAGGUCUUUUCUUGAUAUGGCUUCAGAAAUCACGUAUGCAGAAGUGAGAUUCAAGAAUGAAUCCAACUCUUCAGGUCCCUACUCAGAUUCUGCUACAGCUCCCAAAGCGAAGCCCACCCUGCAUCUAAGUAAGCCUGGUUUUCCUUCGCUGCUUUUUACAUCUCUGAUGGCCCUUUUCCUGCUGCUGGCCAUCUCAUUCUUAGUUGCUUUUAUCUUUACAGGUCCAGGCACCUCAGCUUCUGGAAAGAGGAGACCAGCUGGAAUGACUAACCGUAAAUUCACCUUUAUACGAUUCCUUGGGAUGGCCUGGGCUUGUUUACAUAGCAGACUGCAGACUUCCAAGAUUGAAGUUUAUUUUCAAAAGUACUCUCAAAUUCUUGAAGAAAAAAAAGCUAUAAAAGAUCUAACUCACACAGAAUUGAACUGCAAGAAUAACCCUUCACAUGUAGAAGACAAAGUCUGGAGCUGUUGCCCAAAGGAUUGGAAGCCAUUUAGUUCCCACUGCUACUUCAUUCCCACUGACUCGGCAACUUGGAGCAAGAGUCAGGAGAAGUGCUCCAGCAUGGGUGCUCAUCUGAUGGUGGUCCGCAACCGGGAAGAGCAGGAUUUCAUCACUAAGAUCCUGAGAAGUGAUGCUUCUUAUUUUAUUGGACUGAGGGAUCGAGGAAAACGACAAUGGCAAUGGGUUGAUCAGAUGCCGUACAAUGAAAGCGCCACGUUCUGGCGCAAAGGUGAGCCCAACAGCGACCGCGAACAAUGUGUUAUAAUAAAUCAUUCACUUUCUGAGUGGGGCUGGAAUGACAUCGUUUGCAGUAAUGAACAGAAGUCAGUUUGUCAGAUGAAGAAAAUAUACUUAUGAAAAAGCAGUCUCCAUGGACAUGGGGCUGCAUUUUUAUUUACCAUUACACAGAUACCUGGAAAGUUUCUCACGUGGAAGAGAUGUCCACAGAAUUUCAUUAGGAAGCGAAUGAUUGUUAUCAUAUGUACUUGUUUCUUCAUCCACUUACUCCUUCAUACAACAACUUUUUAUUUAGAAUUUCCAUGAACCAGACCACUAUACAUUGAUCCUUUUGUCCACACCAUUUAUUCUCACAAUUGUAUGAUAUGUUCUCUCCAUCUGUUUUUUUCUAUGAUUUAAUCUGCCUUUGGCUUUAUUUACUUGUACUUGAGAAAUAAAAUUCUGUAAUUCUGUAUAUUUAA